UGAAGACGGUCCUGCUGUAACUGUUGAGUUACGCAGCUUACGAAGAGGCCCUGAACGCAGCAUCAGUCCCGUUCCUGCCGGGAAUCCGGUCCGGUUCUUGCACCGCCUCGGACUCCAUGUUGUUCCGACAGCCACGGAGCGAACAAGUGCCCUGGCCGAAAACUCUCACGUUGCAACUUAGUGUGUGCGAGAAGUAAAGUGUGUGUGUGUGCGUGUGAGUGUGUUGACCCUCCGAUAGAAGAUGGCAGACUACCGGGACGACACCGGAGCGCGAGCCCUGCUUGCUCUACAGUCGGCACCAUGCAGUCCCGUGCGCGUCGCGGUGACCUCGCACGCCUAUCACCAGCCCUCGCUCGCCCUCUUGGGUCCUCCGGUGAUGGAUGCCCGCUCCGACGCCGGGAUGUUUCCCGUGCGCCUCGCUUGUCCUCCUCCGCAGGCCCUGGCCAGACUCGAGGGCCGGGACUUUGAGUUUGUGAUGCGCCAGAGAACGGUCACCAUAGGCCGGAACUCGUCUCACGGCUCCGUGGACAUCAACAUGGGUCACUCGAGCUUCAUUUCACGGCGACACCUGCAGAUCACCUACGACGAGGCGAACGGGUUCUCCCUCCGGUGUUUGGGCAAGAAUGGCGUGUUCGUUGACGGAGUGUUUCAGCGGAGGGGGGCGCCGCCGCUGCCGCUACCAAGAGAGUGUGUGUUUCGUUUUCCCAGUACGGUGAUCAAGAUCCAGUUCAUGUCACUCCUGGAGCCUGAGGAGCACAGAGAGAGGGAGCAGCCCUCUCUUCCCCCUCGCCCGCUUCUUCCCCAUAUUUCCCCUCUCAAAAUCAGCAUUCCCACAAUGCAGCAGCAUGAAGAGCACAUCAGGGCAUUUGGCUCUCCGCUGCCCUCGCCCACUGGCACAAUCAGUGUUCCUAACUCCUGUCCGGCUAGUCCACGAGGGGCAGGGUCAUCAGGGUAUCGCUAUGGACGCAACGUGACCUCUGACCUCCAGUUAGCAGCUGAAUAUGCAGCCAAGGCUGUUUCUGAGCAGAGACGAAGCAUUGCUGAGCAGAGAGGUGGAGGAAGUGAGCAGCGGGGGGAGUCAGCUGGUGGAGACAGCCCCAAGGAUGAGUCCAAGCCACCUUAUUCCUAUGCACAGCUGAUCGUCCAGGCCAUCUCUUCUGCCCCGGACAAACAGCUGACUCUCAGUGGCAUCUACGCCCACAUCACCAAACACUACCCCUACUAUCGCACUGCAGACAAGGGCUGGCAGAACUCAAUCAGACACAACCUGUCUCUCAACCGUUACUUUCUGAAAGUGGCCCGCUCUCAGGAUGAGCCAGGGAAAGGGAGUUUUUGGCGCGUGGACUCUGCUUCUGAGAGCAAACUGGUGGAGCAAGCCUUCAGGAAAAGACGGCAGAGAGGGGUGGCUUGCUUCAGGACGCCAUUUGGACCUCUCUCUUCUAGGAGUGCACCCGCAUCCCCAACCCACCAGGGACUUCUUUCUCCUCCAUCCAGUGGGCUUCAGACUCCUGAAUGUCUGAGCAGGGAGGGCUCUCCUAUCUCCCACGACCACCAUGAACAGCUGGCUAACAAACUGGCAUCUGUACCUGAGUACAGGUACUCUCAGAGUGCCCCAGGCUCUCCAGUCAGUGGUCAGCAUGUCAUCAUGGCUGCACCCCCUCACCCCUCAGGCCCGGGGAAAGCCCUUGCUUUAGUUCCAGGUGGUGGCGGCCAAGUCCAGCCCAUCCACGUGCUCCAGAACCCCACUCAGUCCCCUGUCACCAUGGUGCGGGUGGUUACCAGCGCCCCUCUAACUUCCAGCCAUCCAAAUGGGUACAGCACUCCCUCUGUUGGAGGAGCAGAGGGCAACAGUGAGCUCAGAGAAGCCCAGCUGAACAGAGAGCGAGUGAUCCAGACUGUGGACAGCGCGGUGCAGGGCGGCGAUGGUCGAAACCUGGCCCUAGGUUUACAUCAACUUCCCGUUCGUCCUGUUACCCAGAAUGGCAAACACACCACUGCUGCUGUUGCCACAGCAACCAGCCUUACUAAUGCAUCUGGCCUGAAUAGUCCUCUCCAGAUCUUGGCUGCUCAGGCCUCCAGCUCCCCUCCAGUGCUGGUAAGCAGACAGCCCAGUGCAGAAACUUUAGCUGAGCAGCCAGGUGAGCCCCAGGCCAAGCGGCCAAAGAUGGAGGACGAGGCUGGGACUGAAUCUCCUCAGCAUCAAGUCACACCCGCUCAGCAGCCCGUCAUCGUUGCCAUGACAUCACAAACCCACGACCCUAGGAAGUAAAACCCAGGGCCUCUUACCAGGUACCCGAUGGACAGCCUCCUAAUGGUCCCCUAACUGCUUCGCCUUUUAUACUCAUUUGAUAUGACUGCAGCCGACACGGCCAAAAAAUGUACAGGCAGCCUCUCUCGACAGAAGGGAAUUAAAUUGUAAGGAACAUAUAUUUUGGUCAAAAAAUACAUUCAAACUUUCAAAUGCAUUCUGAAUGUAAAAAGCAAGUAAAUCUUUCAGGACUUUUUCAGCUUUACAGUCUUUUUAAUGUAAUCCAUCAUUCACUGACAACACGAGAAAGGAUUUUAAGCUUCUGAGAGCAUUAUGCAUAUUGAAAUCAUUUCAGCACUACUUUUACUACGUGAAUGUUGGAUGAUAUCUCAGACACAACUUUCCUCGAGUUGAUAGAUCAGAUGCAUCAGUUACUGUCAGUCUCAGGCCAAAGAACCCACCCUCCUGCACUUCUGAUUAGAGUCACUGCCUGAUGUAAAACCAGGGAAAGUGUGUUCAGAGAUUUGAAAUGGCCGGCAUUUACAGAAGAAACUGUGAUGAUGAGUUGAUAUUGAUGUUGUGUAAUUUCAUACAGUCGAGAACAGAAAGAUAGAGAGGACUUAGCAGCGUGUACCCAUGAAUGGGGCUUGGGAGACUGUUAAGAAUAUGAUUGUACUCUUUACAAGGCAAUCCUCACUGAAAAACUGGUUGUGUCUUUUAAAAAAAGAAAGAUGUUAAUAUUAAGGCCGAGACCAGAAUGUGAGGUGUCUUUACUUCUUGCCUUCUCUGUAAAGCACAAAAAGAAAGGGGUAUUGUCUUGAAGAGAUGGGACGAAAUCCAGGAAUAACAAACCAGGACUUUGCAGUUGGCUUCACUUCAGCUUAGUUUGGUUUAUCAGUGUGAAGCUCCUCAGAUUCAAGAUGAUCUGGGUGAUUGGAUGGCAGAGAAGGGCGAAAAAAAAAGAGGCAACUAUUUGGAGUUGAUUGAAGUGGAGCUAACCUAAUGUAGACAAACUGAUUGUUUUAAUUUUUUUUCUUGUUUCAGUAGUGGUAAAAGGAGAAAUGGAACAGCCUGUGCGUACAGUUUUGUUUGUCUUAGCACAGAAAAGCAUUAUUGUAAUAAUCCUUAAAGCCUUAAAUAUUUCUACUUUUUUUUUUGUCAUUUUAUUUUAACCUUUAGACAGCUUUACCUUUUUAGAUUAACACAGCGCUUCUUUAACAGUACAUGAUCGGCAACACUACAAUGGUGACAGUUAUGUUGCAUCAGUAGUUAUAUCAGUUUUAUCAGGGGAAGGGCGGGACCAACACACGACCACAAAUUUCAACUGCUCUCGUCUUUUUUUUCCUUCUUUCUGUAUGGUACUUGUGACAUUUUCUACUCUUGCCUCCCCACUCUUUUGCUUUCAGUUUCCCCUAAAUGCAUUAACCUUUCUCCCACUCUACCUCUCUCCCUGUCCUCAGUGAGCAGUUUCUAUCUUUACAGUCUCUACAGAGGCAUCAAGCUGUUGGCAAUUCCUGUCACAGACAGACUUUGCCUUAAUUAGAUAUCCUUUAGCACUUUCUCCCCCCCUCUCUAAUCUCUCAUUCUCACUCUGCCUUUAGCUUUUCCGAAUGUCCUUGCACAGGCCGCAUUUUUAGCUGGCAAUCAGGCACAAAUUGCGCAAGAUUUCAGUGAUUGUUGUUGCACAUUAGACAAAAAAAAAAAAAAAAAAAGAUGUGUAAUGAUUGUAUGCUGCUCUAUCUGCUAAAUGACAAAGCUAUUUAGAAGGUAUUUUUUCUGAUUUUGGAAAAAAGAAAAAAUAUUUUGCUAUAUGUAAAAACAGCUGUCGUCAAUACGUAAACAUUCUGGAAAUAGAGAAGUAUAUGUAUUUUUAAAUGUUCCUGUUUUUGUGAUUUGUUAAAAUGUGUAGCACAAAUUAAAAUUCCUCAUUGACUUAAA